CGAAUACAGACCCUCUAUCUACUACCCUCUCUGGUCUUUCUAUGCUCUGGAUAUGGAAGCGGGCCAACUUCCCUCGCCUCCAGUUGUCCAUGUACUUCACGAACAUACCGAACUGUUUGUCACCAUCGGUGCCCGGUUUAAGCCCGGUGUUGAGACAAGAUUUCGGGUCUACUCCGCAUCACAACCGACACACUCAUGCCGAGAUCCUAGGUGGUGCAUCCAAGACAAAUGAGCAGGCAACACCGGAGGCAGGCGUAUCGACAAUUCGCCUACCGGCAUGACGUCCUCUCUCUCUCUCUCUCUCUCUCUCUCUCUCUCACUCACACGCUUUCUCCUCUUUUUUGGCACCCAGAUACAAUUUCAAUAUAUCGUUAUCCCCUAGGACGCCUCGUUCAAUUCUUGCUACCGAUAUCUGUGUCUGCCCUGAACUCACCAAUCCCGUCACGGAACUACGCCUCUGAUCUUUCCCUCUGCACGGCGGCGAUGCAUUGUAAUGCAAUGUCAAGCAAAGUAAUACACCAAGCACGACAAGGGCAAUCCUGCUCUUCCUCCUCCUUGUCCGGGAACAGAACCUGGCCAGCACGGAGCAGACAAAUUAGCCAUCGGUCUCUCAACGGUCAAGCCAGCCGCCGCCCACCCUCCUUCCUGACCGUGCAGACCGUCCGAUCGCGGUAGAUCACUACUUCCCCACCCACUGGCAUCCUCCCAAGGCUCAUCCACCGCCAAUCGUCUCCCACCCACUCAUCACCUUAAAGCGCGCUCCCCCCCUGG